GGUAUAAAAAGCCCCAAUUCUCUCCCCCUCUCUACUCUCUCUCUCUCUUUCUCUCUCUAACCCCCAUUGACGAGCAGAGGAGGAGCUCUCCAGCUGAAGCGUCCGCUCACUGUCUUCUCUCUCUCUGCGCGCGAUCGGGCGGAUCAAAGGGGGGUGGAAAUGGCGACGUUCGAGCUGUACCGGAGGUCGACGAUCGGGAUGUGCCUGACGGAGACCUUGGACGAGAUGGUCUCCAACGGCACCCUCAGCCCCGAGCUCGCCAUCCAAGUCCUCGUCCAGUUCGACAAGUCCAUGACCGAGGCGCUGGAGACCCAGGUCAAGAGCAAGGUCACUAUCAAGGGACAUCUGCACACAUACCGGUUCUGCGACAAUGUGUGGACAUUCAUUCUACAAGGUGCUACCUUUAAGAAUGAGGACUCUCCGGAAGAGGUCGGUCGGGUUAAGAUCGUCGCAUGCGACUCAAAGCUGCUCACUCAGUGAUUUUCGAGUACCAGUUGCAUGGUUUGAUUCCAGAGACUUUAUAAUGGCUGGAGACGAGGUGUUUUUCGCCUCUUUACUGUCUUGAUCCCUUCUGUCCAUGCGUGUAAAUCUCGAUGACUGUUGAGAGUUGUAAUAUGGGUUACUAAAUGGAUGAGGGUAUGUUUAUUGUACUUUCCUGACCUUUUGACUAUCAGUUCUGCGCUUGAGGUCAAAUAAGAUUUAUACUGCAUUGUUUAA